AGUGACUCCACGCGGCUCGACCGGCGAGGAGGUUGUGUGUGUGUGUGUGACAGCCUCCUCCGCACUGUUGACACAGGACCGCCCCACGCGUGUGCGCGUUGCGCGCGGGUCGUCAGUCGACCGCGAGCCAGCGGACCAGUCGGAGCACGCCGCCUCCGUCCGUGGACAUAUCGCAUCCAUCACCUGCGAGGAUAGCCUUGAACGGCAACAUGUCAGACUUCUCAGACUUUCUGAAGCUGUCCAUCGGCGCACCCAUCGACAUCGUGUUCGAGAACAUCACCUUCGAGGUCAAGCAGCUCAAGUCAAGGAAUAAGAAGACAGUUCUCCAUGGAGUAAGCGGCAAGUUCCUGUCUGGAGAACUGACUGCGAUAAUGGGGCCUUCUGGGGCGGGGAAAUCUUCCUUGCUGAACAUUCUGACGGGAUUCAGGAAGACCGGGGUGCGCGGCUCCGUGGCCAAGGUCCUGGCGUGCCGGAGGGAGGCGGCGGCUGCCGGGAGGCUGGCCCGCUACAUCACACAGGACGACGACCUGUGGCCGCUCUUCAGCGUGCAGGAGAUCAUGCACCUCGCCGCCAACUUCAAGCUCGGCUACAGGACGUCGCACAAGGUCCGCCAGAUACUGAUCGACGACGUGCUCAAGGUGAUAGGGCUGGACCACGUAAAGGACACCAACACGGAGAGGCUGUCCGGAGGACAGAAGAAGAGGCUGUCCAUCGCGCAAGAGCUGCUGGACAACCCGCAGGUCAUAUUCCUCGACGAGCCGACCACCGGCCUGGACAGCUCGUCGACGGUGCAGGUGGUAUCGGUGCUGAAGACUCUGGCCAGGGGAGGUCGCACCAUCGUGUGCACCAUCCACCAGCCGUGCGCCAAGACGCUCGGCAUGUUCGACCACGUGUACGUCAUCGCCGAGGGCCGCUGCGUCUACCAGGGCUCCAGCGACAACAUCGUUCCCUACCUCGGCUCGCUGGGGCUGGACUGCCCGCAGUACCACAGUCCAGCAGACUUCAUGUUAGAAGUCGCUUCUGGAGAACACGGGGACUUCAUCGAAGAACUCUCUAAAGCUGCGAAAGAAUCCACCUGGAGACAACCAUACUUCCGAGAAUCAGGCUCCGAUAUUGACGCUGAAAUUUUCAUCCAUUCGGAAUCACUUCGAGACAAAAACAUCCUGGCUUGGCUGAACAAGAAGUCCGAGUUUUCGAAGUUUCCUAUAUUUCUACAUCGCUUCUUCCUGCAGUUCCACAGAGACUGGACGGCGGUGUACCUCAAGUGCAUCCUGCACCUGCUGGUGGGCGGCGUGUUCAGCUUGUUCUUCAGGAACGUGGGCUUCGACGGCGGCCGCACCUUCACCAACGUGCUGUACCUGCUGUCCACCGUCGUCUACCUGUCCUUCACCACCGCCAUGCCGUCGGCGCUCCGCUUUCCAAGUGAGCUAUCAAAGCUGAAAAAAGAAAAAUUCAACAACUGGUACUACCUGCGAAGUUACUACAUUUCGCUGAUGAUUACAUGUGUACCUGUUCAGAUCUUGCUGUGCGUGCUACACACGUCACUGCCCUACUUCAUGACGAACCAGCCCAUGGAGUGGUGGCGGUUCGUGAUGUUCCUGCUCGUGUGCGUGCUGGUCACCCUGCUGGGGGAGAGCCUUGGACUCUUCCUGGGGACUGUGUUCAAUCCCGUGAACGGCGUGUUCGUGGGCUCGGUGUUCCUGUGCUUCACCAUCCUGUUCGCCGGCUGCCUCAUCCUCUUCUCGCACAUGCCGUUCGUGUUCUACUGCCUGUCCUUCCUCAGCAUGUUCCGCUAUGCCGCCAUCGCCAUGGUGCUCGCCAUCUACGACUACGACCGCGACACGCUCGAGUGCCGCGACGAGACCUACUGCCACCUGCGGCACCCCAAGCAGCUCAUCAAGCUGUACGGCGUGGGGGAAGGGGAGUACUGGUUCAACAUCGCCAUGCUGGUCACCAUCCUCGUCAUCUUCCGCGUGGCCACGUACUUCGCGCUGCGCUACAGCAUCAAGAGCAGGUAGUAUCUCGGGCGUCCCUCUCCUGCUUCCGAGGAAUCUCCGGUGAACGUCGAAGAGUCUCCCAGCGAGAAGGAUGCCCUUCUGGUGGUGUUAGGUAACCUACUUCGCGCUGCGCUACAACAUCAAGAGCAGGUAGUCCAAAGGUACCCACCCUUCGGCAUCCCACUUCUGCUGCAGAGGAAUCUCCGGUGGACGUCGAAGAGUCUCCCAGCGAGAAGGAUGCCCUUCUGGUGGUGUUAGGUAACCUACUUCGUGCUGCGCUACAACAUCAAGAGCAGGUAGUUCAAAGGGACCCACCCUUCGGCAUCCCACUUCUGCUGCAGAGGAAUCUCCGGUGGACGUCGAAGAGUCUCCCAGCGAGAAGGAUGCCCUUCUGGUGGUGUUAGGUAACCUACUUCGUGCUGCGCUACAACAUCAAGAGCAGGUAGUUCAAAGGGACCCACCCUUCGGCAUCCCACUUCUGCUGCAGAGGAAUCUUCGGUGGACGUCGAAGAGUCUCCCAGCGAAAAGGAUGCCCUUCUGGUGGUGUUAGGUAACCUACUUCGCGCUGCGCUACAACAUCAAGAGCAGGUAGUCCAAAGGUACCCACCCUUCGGCAUCCCACUUCUGCUGCAGAGGAAUCUCCGGUGGACGUCGAAGAGUCUCCCAGCGAGAAGGAUGCCCUUCUGUUGGUGUUAGGUAACCUACUUCGCGCUGCGCUACAACAUCAAGAGCAGGUAGUCCAAAGGUACCCACCCUUCGGCAUCCCACUUCUGCUGCAGAGGAAUCUCCGGUGGACGUCGAAGAGUCUCCCAGCGAGAAGGAUGCCCUUCUGGUGGUGUUAGGUAACCUACUUCGUGCUGCGCUACAACAUCAAGAGCAGGUAGUUCAAAGGGACCCACCCUUCGGCAUCCCACUUCUGCUGCAGAGGAAUCUUCGGUGGACGUCGAAGAGUCUCCCAGCGAGAAGGAUGCCCUUCUGGUGGUGUUAGGUAACCUACUUCGCGCUGCGCUACAACAUCAAGAGCAGGUAGUUCAAAGGGACCCACCCUUCGGCAUCCCACUUCUGCUGCAGAGGAAUCUUCGGUGGACGUCGAAGAGUCUCCCAGCGAGAAGGAUGCCCUUCUGGUGGUGUUAGGUAACCUACUUCGCGCUGCGCUACAACAUCAAGAGCAGGUAGUCCAAAGGUACCCACCCUUCGGCAUCCCACUUCUGCUGCAGAGGAAUCUCCGGUGGACGUCGAAGAGUCUCCCAGCGAGAAGGAUGCCCUUCUGGUGGUGUUAGGUAACCUACUUCGCGCUGCGCUACAACAUCAAGAGCAGGUAGUCCAAAGGGACACACGCUUCGGCAUCCCACUUCUGCUGCAGAGGAAUCUUCGGUGGACGUCGAAGAGUCUCCCAGCGAGAAGGAUGCCCUUCUGGUGGUGUUAGGUAACCUACUUCGCGCUGCGCUACAACAUCAAGAGCAGGUAGUCCAAAGGGACACACGCUUCGGCAUCCCACUUCUGCUGCAGAGGAAUCUUCGGUGGACGUCGAAGAGUCUUUCAGCGAGAAGGAUGCCCUUCUGGUGGUGUUAGGUAACCUACUUCGCGCUGCGCUACAAUAUCAAGAGCAGGUAGUUCAAACAGACCCACCCUUCGGCAUCCCACUUCUGCUGCAGAGGAAUCUUCGGUGGACGUCGAAGAGUCUCCCAGCGAGAAGGAUGCCCUUCUGGUGGUGUUAGGUAACCUACUUCGUGCUGCGCUACAACAUCAAGAGCAGGUAGUCCAAAGGUACCCACCCUUCGGCAUCCCACUUCUGCUGCAGAGGAAUCUCCGGUGGACGUCGAAGAGUCUCCCAGCGAGAAGGAUGCCCUUCUGGUGGUGUUAGGUAACCUACUUCGCGCUGCGCUACAACAUCAAGGGCAGGUAGUUCAAAGGGACCCACCCUUCGGCAUCCCACUUCUGCUGCAGAGGAAUCUUCGGUGGACGUCGAAGAGUCUCCCAGCGAGAAGGAUGCCCUUCUGGUGGUGUUAGGUAACCUACUUCGCGCUGCGCUACAACAUCAAGAGCAGGUAGUUCAAAGGGACCCACCCUUCGGCAUCCCACUUCUGCUGCAGAGGAAUCUUCGGUGGACGUCGAAGAGUCUCCCAGCGAGAAGGAUGCCCUUCUGGUGGUGUUAGGUAACCUACUUCGCGCUGCGCUACAACAUCAAGAGCAGGUAGUCCAAAGAGACACACGCUUCGGCAUCCCACUUCUGCUGCAGAGGAAUCUUCGGUGGACGUCGAAGAGUCUUUCAGCGAGAAGGAUGCCCUUCUGGUGGUGUUAGGUAACCUACUUCGCGCUGCGCUACAAUAUCAAGAGCAGGUAGUUCAAACAGACCCACCCUUCGGCAUCCCACUUCUGCUGCAGAGGAAUCUUCGGUGGACGUCGAAGAGUCUCCCAGCGAGAAGGAUGCCCUUCUGGUGGUGUUAGGUAACCUACUUCGUGCUGCGCUACAACAUCAAGAGCAGGUAGUCCAAAGGUACCCACCCUUCGGCAUCCCACUUCUGCUGCAGAGGAAUCUCCGGUGGACGUCGAAGAGUCUCCCAGCGAGAAGGAUGCCCUUCUGGUGGUGUUAGGUAACCUACUUCGCGCUGCGCUACAAUAUCAAGAGCAGGUAGUUCAAACAGACCCACCCUUCGGCAUCCCACUUCUGCUGCAGAGGAAUCUUCGGUGGACGUCGAAGAGUCUCCCAGCGAGAAGGAUGCCCUUCUGGUGGUGUUAGGUAACCUACUUCGUGCUGCGCUACAACAUCAAGAGCAGGUAGUCCAAAGGUACCCACCCUUCGGCAUCCCACUUCUGCUGCAGAGGAAUCUCCGGUGGACGUCGAAGAGUCUCCCAGCGAGAAGGAUGCCCUUCUGGUGGUGUUAGGUAACCUACUUCGCGCUGCGCUACAACAUCAAGGGCAGGUAGUUCAAAGGGACCCACCCUUCGGCAUCCCACUUCUGCUGCAGAGGAAUCUUCGGUGGACGUCGAAGAGUCUCCCAGCGAGAAGGAUGCCCUUCUGGUGGUGUUAGGUAACCUACUUCGCGCUGCGCUACAAUAUCAAGAGCAGGUAGUUCAAAGGGACCCACCCUUCGGCAUCCCACUUCUGCUGCAGAGGAAUCUUCGGUGGACGUCGAAGAGUCUCCCAGCGAGAAGGAUGCCCUUCUGGUGGUGUUAGGUAACCUACUUCGCGCUGCGCUACAACAUCAAGAGCAGGUAGUCCAAAGGGACACACGCUUCGGCAUCCCACUUCUGCUGCAGAGGAAUCUUCGGUGGACGUCGAAGAGUCUUUCAGCGAGAAGGAUGCCCUUCUGGUGGUGUUAGGUAACCUACUUCGCGCUGCGCUACAAUAUCAAGAGCAGGUAGUUCAAACAGACCCACCCUUCGGCAUCCCACUUCUGCUGCAGAGGAAUCUUCGGUAGACGUCGAAGAGUCUCCCAGCGAGAAGGAUGCCCUUCUGGUGGUGUUAGGUAACCUACUUCGUGCUGCGCUACAACAUCAAGAGCAGGUAGUCCAAAGGUACCCACCCUUCGGCAUCCCACUUCUGCUGCAGAGGAAUCUCCGGUGGACGUCGAAGAGUCUCCCAGCGAGAAGGAUGCCCUUCUGGUGGUGUUAGGUAACCUACUUCGCGCUGCGCUACAACAUCAAGAGCAGGUAGUCCAAAGGGACACACGCUUCGGCAUCCCACUUCUGCUGCAGAGGAAUCUCCGGUGGACGUCGAAGAGUCUCCCAGCGAGAAGGAUGCCCUUCUGGUGGUGUUAGGUAACCUACUUCGUGCUGCGCUACAACAUCAAGAGCAGGUAGUCCAAAGGUACCCACCCUUCGGCAUCCCACUUCUGCUGCAGAGGAAUCUCCGGUGGACGUCGAAGAGUCUCCCAGCGAGAAGGAUGCCCUUCUGGUGGUGUUAGGUAACCUACUUCGCGCUGCGCUACAACAUCAAGAGCAGGUAGUCCAAAGGGACACACGCUUCGGCAUCCCACUUCUGCUGCAGAGGAAUCUCCGGUGGACAUCGAAGUUUCUCCCGGCUAGAAGGAUGCAAUUCUCGUGGUGCACGCCCGUUUAGGGCCAGGCAUCAGCACUCUAGGUCCUGGACGUUUCGCUGACAGACACGUGUUGGGCAGGACUUUUCUACCUCAAUGAACUUUCAUUUUAGUGAUUGGCGUGAGGUAAUCGCAAGUUUUCGUUUGCGACAUUCGUGUAACUAUACACCAGUACUUAGAUUCUCCUUAAGACUGCUUUACUGACGAAUUUUGAGUGAGUUGUGACGCAUUUAUUCAAUAUUUGGUCACACUGUAAAACAUCGAAUGUUUAAAUUUACUUUCAGAAUCUUGUACUUUUAACUUUGAAACGUGUAAAAAACGAACUAAUAAAAUAUCAUAAUGUAAAUCUUUAGGUACCUGUGCCAGUUAUAACUAUCUUUAGUAUUUUAUAACAACCACCUACGGCUUACACGUUUUGGAAAUAAGUACUCAGUUUGUACAUCUUAUCAAGUACUGAUAGCAAUCGCUUCAGAUUACUUGAAGAUUAAAAUUUUUGUAAACAAAGACUGUUUUCUUUAGCUGAACACGGAGUUUUUUUUUAAGACAUUGUGCAUUGCUUUUUAAUAAACUUAUUUGUUUUGUAAAUGUAGUAAACAAAUAUGUUCAUUCAGUGGUUUUGCUUGGAAAGCUAGCUUUAAUAUUUGAAUGUUAUUUUUAUUUAUAAUAAUUGAUUUUGUUGAUGAUUUGAUUGUUCCUCAGAUAAGGCUUCUUUGCUAUAUCACAUAAAAUAAAACGUACCGUCUUUUAGUACAAGGGUAAAUAUUGCAAAUCGUACAAACAAUAAAUGUUACACCACUUAAUCGGUAUUGAUUACACCACUUAAAUUAUAUUAUUAUAAAUUUAGUUUAUUCGUAAUUUUUUUAAGUGUACCGCCUGUUUAAAAUUUAAAAAAAAAAGAGUCUAUGCGCACUACCGUUAUGCUUUAAGAUCAUUAUGAUUUAAAGCAAUUUAAUUCUGUUAUUUUAUUUUUAUCAAGUAAAUGUAUACACGUGUUCUACAAUAUAAGCAUUUCAUGUGACGUUAUUUAAAUAGUUUUAUGAUCUGUUAUGUCCUAUAUAUUAUCCGCUAGUUUUACUAAGUCAAAAAGUAUUCGUCAUUAUAGAAUAUUACCGUUACCUAAUGCAUCAUGCAUAGAAGUUAUUUUUUGAGUAUCAAAUGUUGGGAAUCGCCUACCAGUUUACUCUAACAGUCCCAUUUUUAAAAUAUUUCAAUGCAAAAUUUUUAAUUGAAACAUCAAAUAAUUUAGUGGUGGGUGAAACAGAACCUUAAAAAAUUGUUCGCCUAUAAGCGCAAGGUGUUAACGGUCUUUAGAGUCUAUGAAAAUUUAAUGACAUAAUUCGUGGUUAUAACAAAUAUUAUUACGGUGUUCUACAUUUUCCUGUGAUACCUCAAAUAUUCAUUAAAAAAUUUUACGUAUUUAAAUUAUAUAUUGAAAAAAAUAUCCCAUUUAACUCCCGUUAAAUUAUUAAAAAGUAAGAAUGCAUUUUUAAAAACAUUGAAGAUUAUUAUCAACAAGAUAAAUGCGAGGUAUUAUUUCCGGAGAUCUGCAUACAGAUGGCGAAACAAUUAGUAAGAUGAUGAUGAAGUACAAAAAUGUCAGCUACUUUUUUGUGAUUAAUUAUGUAUAUUAUUUAUAAAUAUUUAUAGCUUAUGAAUAAGACCUUUGUUAACAAACAUAAUGUAUCUAACCAUUUAUGAAGUUAAGAAUAUAUAUUAUUAAAAAUGUUACGAGAAAUAGUUACACAUCUAGUUUGCCGUGAAGGAUAUUAAAAAUGUUAAUAAAUUUUAUAAACAAGCAUUUAUUUUAUUUUAACCCCUUAAUAUUAGGAAACAGAUAAGUAAAUCAUACCAACCAGUUUCAAGCACUGCCAAAUCAUAAGUUAUAAAUAUAUAUAUAUAUAUAUAUAUGACGAACUACAACAAUCAGUACCGAUAACAUGCACAGAAUUUUUUUGCACUUUUGAAAAACAGUUGUCCAAAUAGUUUAUAAUACUAAAAGGAACAUAUUGAAAAUUCGUACAAAACAUUGCUAUGCUAUAUAAAAUACUUUAGACGUGACAACGUCUAAUAAAUCGAUGAACGCCGGCUGCACGCACGAAAAAGUGUCCCGUUACGCACAUUGUCCCACUAAGAUGUGUCCCGUUACGCUCAUUGUCUUCCGCGGAAACCAGGCACUCGUUUACCUUUGUUUAUCACGAGGGGCGUUAUUAUUAAUGAAUUAUAAAUAAAAUACGUGCCCGGGGCCACAAUUGCAUAUCUAUUUGAACACUGGAAGACAUAAAAACGUAAAAUAUUCUCGACGAAUUUUAAUCUCGGCCCCAGCGCACCACGAGCGUCUGGGUUAGAAAUUAAAACCGAAAUUCUUUCUUCAACUUACCUACUAAUACUUUUUUAUUAACUGCAAGGGAAUUUUUAUUAAAUUCUACGUUUAAUUUCACGACGAACAAAUUUCGUCGUUAAAUGUGUAAUUGCGAAAAAGCGUAAAAAAUUCUCAACGAUCUUGAAGUUAGUAUAAACAUGGCGGCCAACUAGCAGCCGACAAUAUAUUUUAAAUUUCCCGCCUACCACUAUAAGAAAUAAACAUGGCGGACUACAUACGUUUUUAAAACUUCCACAACACAAAACAAAUUUUUUAUAAAUAUAUAUACAACAUCUGAAACUAUUAUUUCCAAUAUGGCCUCGUGGCCGUGCGGUUAUCAUCGCUGAUUUUAUUAUACAAAAAAUUGAAAAAUUUAAAAAAAAAUUACUUUCUCUAAGAAUAACAUACUUUUAAUGCCUAAAUGGUUUGGCUGCAAAAACCUAUUACGGCUCAGUCUCAGGCAGAAUUGGAUAUUUCAUUUUCUUCUGGAUAAAUCAUUUCAUCAAUGUUUUGUUGUGACAUCACGUUAAAGUAUCGUCGGUAAACCGACUUUCCAGACAACCAAUUUUUUUUUUAAACAAUACUGAUUAUUUAUAGUCAGUCACACGAAAUUUGGUGCAUAAAUAUAAUUUUUUAUUAAUGUUUUAAGUAAGCAAAAAUUUCUAAAUAAUGGAAAUUAAAAUCGAAAAUUCAACAAUUGGAACUUUACUUGGUUUUAUUGUAAUUAUUAUUAUAAUUAAUAUUAUUAUUAUUCAAGGAAGGGUUCAAAAAUAAGUUUAAGUACUCGGAAAAUCCAUAGCAUAAAUUUCCAUGCAAUAAUUCGAACCAAGUAUAACAUAAAAAAGUUUUUCAUUGUGGUUAUACAGCUGUUUGCUUGUAAAUGUACAAAUUUACAAAUAUCUGCAAUAUUAUAUCAUUAUUAAAUACCAUUAACAAACAAAUAUGCAGUGUGAACUGUGCUUAGAUGAUGACCAAGACUUCUGGAGCAGUUGGUGGCGGCGCCGUGAUUAAGGCAAAGAACCCACAUUCCCUAGGGUCGGGUUUGAAUUCCGAUCAGACAAAAAUUAUUUCUGCUUACCAAGGUUCACCACUGGGAAGGUUACAGUCGUAACAACUGAAGCAAAAGACACGAUGUAAUGUCACAUGCUAUGAGAUUACAUUUAUUUUAAAACCAUUCAGGAUUUGUAACAAAUAAAGUGUUGCUGCCAAAGCACAUGUUUAUACUUAAUAUAAAUUUAGUGUGCCGAUUUCGUACCACCAAUUUCAGUGUACUCGAAAAUAUAAUCACACUGAACUACCUUUUUUUAAAAAAAUCCAUCAUAAAACACGCGUCUAUCUAAUUCUAAUGUAGAUUAAAGAAAUUUAAUAUUUUUACGUGCGUUAAAUUGCUUAUUUUCUGAGAUUAGUUCAAAUCCAACUUCUUCAUUCAUUCACUUAUAAGAGAUAUUUUUUUAACAUCUGUGAAACAAUUACAGAUAAAUAAGAUUUGUUAAUGAAAAUCGACAUCUCUUUAACGGUUAGAUAUUUGGUACUAAGGAGAUAAGAAAACAUAUUUCAGUAGGACUCUGGUAAAGAAUGGUCAGAAAACGUCUCUGGUGCAGCACCUUCCCAAUUUCCUACAAGUAUAGUAUCUUACAAAAACAUUCGCUCGCUCCGUCCUUGGGUUGUAUAUGGCAUAUGGGUCUACGUAAGAUUAAGUGGUUACGGGUGGAAGGUACGGGGGUCCGUUUGAGUUGAGAUUUUUUUCUGAGUUUAUCUUAAAAGUAGGACGAAUAAUACAAAUAUAUUGUAAAUAGAAUUUACAGGUAAACCUCACAAGUUAUGCGAUAGGUGCAGAUCAAUUUGUACAGUUUCUGCAAUGGUAACUUUAACAGUCCUUAGAUUUUUUUUAACUGUGAGUUUUGUGAAGUUGUGAGUGAAGUGAUGGAUAGGGGGCCCGUCAAAAUUAUUUGCCCCUGGUCCCUUUGUUUCUCUCGCCAG